CGCGGCGGCGAGCUCAGAGCGCUGAAGUCGGGGCCGCGAUCUUCUCCUCUCCGGCCACGCGGAUUAUUCUCGCCGAGGACUUUGCCAUUUUUUUUCUGCCUUCUUUUGGGGACGAUUUCGCUGCCUUCCGAAGGUCUUGAACGAGCGCUCGGGCUCCGUGGGAAGGUUUUGGGCUUUCCGGCCUCGGAUUUUGCAUUUUCUCCCUUGGGACUGUCGUGGGGCUGUUUUCCACUGUGGAUUAUAACUGCAACAUGACGCUGGAAGAGCUCGUGGCAUGCGACAACGCGGCGCAGAAGAUGCAGACCGUGAGCGCCGCGGUGGAGGAGCUGCUGGUGGCCGCGCAGCGCCAGGACCGCCUCACCGUGGGGGUGUACGAGUCAGCCAAGUUGAUGAAUGUGUGAGUCACACCCCGUCCCCGGACUGGGCGCGGGUGGGGACCCCCUCCGCUCUGCAUGCUCUCUGCUGCACCCCUCUCCCGCACGUGGCUAGGAUUUCCCCCAAGCAUCCCCACUGUGGAUUGAGGGUCUCUGUGCUUUCUUUGGGGGGGGGGGGGAGCCGAGGUUGCAGUAUCCUGACGCUGCAUCGUUUGCAAGCGCCCACCGCGGUAUUCGCUGGUGCCUUACCCGCCCCCCCUCCCCCCCCCCAGGCAUCUAGAACCGUGCGUCCUCUCCCCACCCCUGCAGCUGCAUGCAGACGCGAUCCCUGGCGCGCCUUCGGUUUCUCUUCGCUUUUCCAAACUCCCCCGUGCACAGUGGCGUCUCCUCAGCCCCCGGCUGAUCCGUCCCCUCCUUCUGGUCCCCUUAGGGACCCUGACAGCGUGGUCCUGUGCCUUCUGGCCAUCGAUGAGGAGGAGGAGGAUGACAUCGCCCUGCAGAUACACUUCACGCUCAUCCAGUCCUUUUGCUGCGACAACGACAUCAAUAUCGUCCGGGUGUCAGGCAUGCAGCGCCUGGCGCAGCUGCUGGGCGAGCCCGCGGAGACCCAGGGCACCACCGAGGCCCGAGACCUGCACUGCCUCCUGGUCACGAAUCCUCACACAGACGCCUGGAAAAGCCACGGCCUGGUCGAGGUAGCCAGUUACUGUGAAGAGAGCCGAGGAAACAACCAGUGGGUCCCCUACAUCUCCCUCCAGGAGCGUUGAGACCCUUCCCGGCAUCAGAAGCUGUCGAGUUGCUGCCAAAAAAAAAAAUAAAAUAAAUAUUUGACCCCUCCCCCCCAGAACAACCCCCCAGAACAACCCAUCCUGUGAGACCGCGGGGGCAGAAUCAAUGGAGAAGAGGGGAGUGCGUGGCCACCCCCAGGGCGGUGAGCCUGGAGCAGCGCCAGCUGUGGCCACCGUGACAGGAGAAGAGGGGGACCGGGCCAGCAGGAGAGGGGAACCGGAGCCCGGGCUUUGUGACGGAGCAGCUGGAGCGGCGGAGCUGUGGCCUCGCCCGCGCUGGAGGGCUCGGACCGCACGCUCCGGGGUGGACUGAGACCGGCGCUGACGUCUGCGUGGGACUCGGGCGACCGAGGGUCUGCACCCUUGCCAGGACUGGACUUGGGGACUGGGGAGCUGGCGCUGACGUUGCUCUGUACCCACGAAGUCCCCGUUUGCAAACGUGAUAGACAAUCUAUUUUGUUACUUGCACCACUGAGAGAGAAGGGAAGCUUACAGAUACAUAUAUUUUUACUUCUACGAUGACCUUGUAAUAAAUUUCUAAAGCUUC